UGUCGGCAGCCGUGCUGGCUCUCGCGAAUAAUCGCAAACGAAAUUCGCAACGAACGAUAGCCACGGUCGUCGCGAUAAUGUCGCGUGUUUCCUAACGAUGUAGUUCUCUCGCUGGCGAAAGAAAACAAAAUACAAGAAGACCCGUGGAACAGACGAGAGAAAAAAAAAACAAGUUGCAACUCACACGUGUUUCCGCGGCAAAUGGAAAAACACCGAAAUCGGACCGCGCAUGCCCGACAACCGAUGACGUCACGAAAAUUGUGCUUUUGAUCAAACUCGCUCUCUCGUCGUCUCUUUUUUUUAUUUCUCUCGCGUUGUGGACGUAAUAAUGUGGAGAGUGAAAUAAUUGCACGGAAAAGCUCUGUAGGAGCCACGGACAAGCCGGCGAAUAUCGGAGCGCCGUCGCGUACGCAACAUCGACCCUGUAUCUUGGCUCCUACAUGCGCGAUAGAAAGUGUUUUUAAUAUUCCAUCCAGUGGUUCCGAAGAGCUGUCCCUUCUCCACAACGUCGUGCAAAAAUGGGUCGGAAGAAGAUUCAAAUUUCACGUAUCACGGACGAACGGAAUCGUCAGGUGACCUUUAAUAAACGGAAAUUCGGGGUGAUGAAGAAAGCGUACGAGCUGUCGGUGCUUUGCGACUGCGAGAUCGCGCUGAUUAUCUUCAGUUCGAGUAACAAGCUGUACCAGUAUGCGAGCACCGACAUGGACAAGGUUCUUCUCAAGUACACCGAGUACAACGAACCUCACGAGUCUCUCACCAACAAGAACAUCAUCGAGGCACUCAACAAGAAGGAACAUAAGGGUGCCAUGUCCCCAGAAAGCCCGGACCAAGAGGCGAUCGAGUAUAAUCUGACUCCGCGUACCGAAGCCAAAUACACCAAGAUCGAUGAGGAAUUCCAACUGAUGAUGCAGAGGCACCAGCACAAUGGCACCCGGGCAAUGGGGCAAUCUAACUACACUCUACCUGUAUCCGUACCGGUGAAUAGUUAUGGCGAAUCUCUACUUGGAUCUAGUCCUCAAAUGGCCCAUACCAGCAUUUCUCCGCGGCCAUCGUCUUCUGAAACAGACUCAGUUUAUCCACCGGGAGGGAUGUUGGAAAUGAGCAACGGAUAUCCUCCGUCGGCAUCACCACUGGGAGGUUCACCUAGUCCAGGACCUUCGCCGGCAUUGGGAGUCGGAGGAGGCAGUGGUAACAAAGCCAGCAAUCCAUCUAGACAUUCGCCGCAACCUCCGCCACCACCUCCGCCGCCUCAUCCCCACAGGACCAAUCUACGAGUAGUUAUUCCAACACCCCUUACGCAACCCCUUUCCGAAGAUACCAGUUACGAUAACGGCCAUGCACAAUCCGCAUUGAAUACGCCGGUAGUAGCACUGCAGACACCAUCGGUUCCAGCUGGAUACUCUAGCUUCGGACCAACGGAUUAUUCCUCGGACCUCGGAAGUUUAGCAUGGUCUCAUCAGAGGUACGUUGAUGACUUAUCAAUGUAUUCGGCAGCCACCAUGUCCAGCAUCAGUGGUCUUCCUCAUUUGGCCGUGUCGAGCAGCACACCGCCGCCAGCGACUUCGCCUUUACCAGUGAAGAUAAAAAGUGAACCAAUCAGUCCACCAAGAGAUCCACACGGUGGGAAUGGUGGUUCUAACAACGGUGGGCCGAGUACUACUAGUAACCUUCACCACACGACUCUAAACGUUGGUCCAUCGUCUAGUACCGGUGCACCUCCUCCACAUCAUGUACCACAUCCGGUGCCACAGUCGUUGAAUUUAGUGUCGAGCAGACCGAGUAGUAAUCCACCUCCGUCUCAUUCGGGUAGCAUAACGCCAACGAAUUUGCCGUCACCGGGAAGCGGCACGGUGACAGACAUCAGAACAAGUCACUCGACAGCCGGUGGAAACGGGGGGAACAAUUCAGACUAUGAGAACGGUCCGCUGAUGAAGCGUUCCAGGAUGACGGAGGGCUGGGCGACUUAAUAUUAAAUCUCGUGGUCACGCUCGGUCGUUUAAAUGAAACCUCCACGUACAACGGCGUAUAGUGCUUGUGAAGUUCCAGGACUCGAAGUUGUAGACUCGUUACAGUUUUGCCCACUGGUUUCGGUGCGCAAGCGGGAGAACGAUCGGUGUCGCGGCCCGAAUUAGUGGAUGGAAACAGAAAUUAGGUUUAUAUCUUGAAGCCCAUGGAAAAAUGCGUUUGUUUGACGAUUACAAAACGGUGCCAUAAUGUUGAAGUGUUACAUGUAUAAGUAUAAAUAUAUACAUAUAAAUAUUAUAUAUGUAUAUAUAUGUACACUUAUACAUACA